AUGGCCGCCAAACAGAAUCUCGGAGAUUUGCAAUUUGUGUUUAGAAAUGGGGUCAAGAUGCCAGCUGUAGGAUUAGGAACGUAUCGUGUCCGUGACAAUGAAGUUUUACAUAGAGCAAUUGAUUAUGCUCUAGGGGCUGGGUACAGACUGUUUGACACUGCUGCAGUCUAUCAUAAUGAAAAGUUCCUAGGAAACGCGUUAAGACAAUUAUUACCAAAACAUGGGCUUGUCCGCGAGGAUGUCUUUAUUACAACUAAAUUGUCCCCAUCGGACCUUGGAGGUGAAUUUGUUCAAAAUGCAUUUGAAACAUCUUUACAAAAUUUAGGAUUUGACUAUAUAGACUUGUAUCUAAUCCAUUUUCCUGGUGCGGCCAGAAUAAAUGCACAAAACCCCAGAAAUGCGGCAUUGCGCGUUGAAACUUGGGAUGCUUUCACUAAACUUUACGAGCAAGGUAAGGUCAAAGCGAUUGGGGUAUCCAAUUUUACAGUGAAACAUCUGUCGCAAUUAGCCGAAGGAAGCAAUGUAUUACCAAUGGUAAACCAGGUUGAAUGGCAUCCACAUUAUUACCAAACUGAUUUGUUAAACUAUUGCGAAAGUAACAAUAUUCGUCUUCAAGCCUAUUGUUCUUUUGGAGGAUUGGCGAUAAGCAACAAUUCAUUAGUGGACGAUCCAAUAAUUAAAGAUAUAUCUAGAACAUACCAAGUUACUCCGGCACAAGUUCUACUCGCGUGGGCUAUUCAAAAAGGAGUUGCUGUUAUUCCAAAGUCGACUAAUGAGCAUCGAAUCAAAGAAAAUAUUCAAAUCAAUUUUAGACUUUCACAAAACGAUCUCUCGCUAAUUAACAGCCUUGGUUCCAUAAACUGUAAGUAUGCUUGGGAUCCUAAUCCUAUUGCA